AUGAGGCUGCCAGCUGCUCUUUGGUUGGCGCUUGGCCUUCUAGGUGCAGCGGAGGAAGCUAUCCCUGACAAAGUUGGCGUGGAGGUUCGCCUGGCCAAGAAGGAGAGAUCGGCGCUGAAGCAGCUAGAAUGCAGCAUGUGCAAGGCAAUCAUCAGCGAGAUGCAUUUGGAGGUCGCACGGCACGGCAUGACGAGCAAAGGUGCCGGCUCAGAGGAGCAGGUCUGGGAGACAUCAAAUGCGAUGUGCCUGGCGUUGCUGCAGAAGUACCGCCUGAGCUUAGACGACACGCCCAGUCUGGACCAGAAAGACGGCGACGAUGAUGAACUGGCGAUGGCGCGAUCUGCUGAAGCUGGCAAGCAGCACGACUUCAUGCGUGCCAUGCUGGUACUAAAAAUGGGCUGCCAGCAGUGGCUGGAAGACCACGGCGGUGACACAUCCGGGUUUGUCUACAAAUCAGUCAAGGACGGAUCUCAGUCAGCAGCCGGUGCAGCCUUGGAAUUCUGCACCAGGUCGCAGCUGUGCGGCAAAUCCAAGGACAGGAAGAAGAAGGAAGAAGCCAAGGAGAAGGAGCGCUUGAAACAGCGUGCAAAGAUGGCGCAGGAAGAGGCGAAAGAGGAGGCGAAGCGGAUGAAAGAGGAUCCCUUGAGCUCUCUGCCAGAGGAUUCCAAGUUUGGUAUUCAACGAAUGCUGGAGAUGGCUCGCGAUGAUCCGUUCCAUUACAUGGAUGACGAGGCAAAGUUGCGGGUCCAGAAAGCUCGGACUGACUUGAGGUGUGGGGUAUGCCGAAGAGUUCUGCAGGAGUCAUUCGACGUGGUAAGCUCCAAGCCGAGGAGCAUGCAAAGCGAGCAUGACAUACUCGCAGUGCUGGAGCGGAUGUGCGAGGGCGGGCCAGACCUCUCCAUUCCAAGCUAUUUCGGAGUGGAUCCGCCACCUCUGCCUCCUGACUGGACAGACCGCUGGAGGCCCAAGCUGGACAAAGCCGGGCGCUAUUCCUUGAGGCCCUGGCCAAAGAAGGGCAAGAAGGCGCGCCAGGCCUGGCGGAAGCAGUCCGCGGAUGGGAAGCAAACACCGCCGACAGCUGACGAAAGCGAGCAGGACAUGAUGUUGACCUGGACGUGCAAGGAUGUCUUGGAGCCAGAGCGCUUCUCCGAGAUCCUCUUCCAGCACAUGAGCUCAUGCCAGGUGCCAGGUUGCACGCCCGCAACGUCAGCAGCGGCUGAGGUGUGCUAUGAUGCGAGCGGCCCAUGCCAAUUUGAAGCGCGCGAAGAGUUGUAG